GCUCCGCCCUCGGGUGACAGUGCGAUGACAUGGGGUAGCCUCGAUCCGGAGAGCGGUGACCCAAGAGCGGUUCCUUGCUAUGGAUAGUGCUAUUACUUUGUGGCAGUUCCUUCUCCAGCUCCUACAGGAGCCACAUCACAAUCAGCUUAUCUGCUGGACAUCAAAUGAUGGAGAAUUCAAACUUCUGCAAGCUGAAGAAGUGGCCAGAUUAUGGGGAGUCCGCAAAAAUAAGCCCAGCAUGAACUAUGACAAACUAAGCCGAGCACUUCGCUAUUACUACGUGAAAAAUAUCAUUAAGAAGGUAAAUGGACAGAAGUUUGUAUACAAGUUUGUCUCUUAUCCUGACAUUCUUACUAUGGACCCACUUACGUUGACUCGUGGGGAAGGUGAGAUGGAAUGUAGUCCUUCUGAUGCUGUUGCCUGCCUGAGCCGGGAAAAAGAAAACUAUGGCAAGGAGCGAACUCCAGCCCUUCCCAUAAAAUCCUCAGGACGAAACGACUACAUACACUCUGGUCUUUAUACCUCUUUUACUCUUAACUCCUUGAAUACAGCUGGAGUGAAGCUCUUUAAAGCUACACAAGUAGAACAUCCUGGUGAGAAGAAAAGUUUUCAGGAAUCCCCUUUAUCUGUGAUAAAAUUUGUGACAACACCAACCAAGAAUCCUGAGCCACCACCUCAGGUUGUCUCUUUCCCACCUCCACCUCCUGAUCCCCAUGAGAAACCAGCAGAAUCAGAAAUUCCUGUAAAAUGUACAAUAUCACCCCUUGCCUCUUCAGUUUCCACAGUCCCAGAGCCCACAAAUUCAACAUCACCAGCAGUAGAAAUAGAGGUUAAUGCUGAACUGGAAUCUGAGACUUCUGAAUCCCUGGAUUUUUCUCAUGAUGUGUCCUUGGAGGUGACAGAUCCAGAACCUGAACAGGAACCCUAUGUACUCGACAUAAAAAGCACCUCAAAAUCUAAAAAGCCAAAGGGGCUUGAGUUGGCUCCCACUGUGGUCAUCACCACCAGUGAUUCCAACCCUUUGGGAAUUCUUAGCCCUUCACUAGGGACAGCUUCCCUGACACCUGCAUUUUUUUCUCAGACUCCGAUUCUGCUGACCCCCAGCCCCCUGUUAUCCAGCAUACACUUUUGGAGCACUCUGAGUCCAAUGGCCCCUCAUAGCCCUGCCAGGUUACAUGGAGCAAGCACACUGUUCCAGUUUCCAUCUGUGUAUAACAGCCACAUGCCGUUCACCUUAUCAAGUUUCGACAGCCCAACCACACCAGGACCCUUUUCUCCUGACCUGCAGAAGUCCUAGCAGAAACCUUGUAACAACAGAGCAAGCCUAGAAAAUUAGUAGAGUGGGGUGUACUUGUUCAAAGAAAAAGUUGUAUUAUCAUAACAUAGUAAAUAUGAACUGCAAAAAAAAGAAGUAUGACCUGCUGGACUAUUCAUCACAGAGCUUCUAUAUUUUGUUGUGCAAUUCCAUUUUGUAUAUGUUUCUAAAUUCAGGGACAACGUGUUGCUGAAAAUGUAACCAAGGUAAUUUCUCGACUGCAAAUUGGAUGAAAAGUAAGGUGGAAAUAUGCUGAAAGGGCAAUUAGGAGCCUACUGUCUUAUUGAACUGAUUAUUUUCUUAUUUCAACAGAUUAUUUACUUUUAGUUAAAUAUUAUAAAACUCCUUAACUGUUUUAUGCCCUGUAUCGAAUUUGUAUAACAGGAGACAAAUGCAGUUUGGAACAAAUGGAAACCUUUGAACACCUCAAGCAUAAUUUAAGGAUCAAUCGAGGUCCAUUUUGACUCAGGUGGAGGUACCGUUCAAUUUGUAUUAUUUAAAGAGAAUCCAAAGCACUUAAACACAUAUUAGGCCAAAGGGAAAUAGUGGUCUUAAUGCCAUGUUAGCUAUGUUUGCACUACCAUAAAAUCCUGUGUUCUAGUAAUGUUUCUCAGCUAGCAAUGAUCAAACGCUUAAAAUGUAGCCAAUAAACAGGCAUCUAGUCUUAAUGGUGCAGUAUCUCCAAGCCCAGAAUCAUUUUAAUGUAUGUACAAAAUAUGUUCAGUCUGUAUAGAUUAAAGGUAAAGCAUACAUUUUGGUCAUAAGAUGAAAGAAAAAAAACCCUUUAAUGGCCCACACAACAGUUACAUUCAAUAUAUCUCUAAAAUGGGGCAAAAACAGCAGAAAUCAUCAAAAGGCUUGGCACUAAAUAAAUUUAUCUGAUAAAUGGACUUUUUUUUAUACUAGUGGUGUUGGUAAGAUAUAUUGCAAAACGUUAGGAUUCCUUCUGGAUGACUCCCUGUUGUAUAAAGAUAAUACAGCAGAUCUUGUAAUUACACUUUAACUCCUACGAUGAAGAAGUACCACAUGGUAGAUGUGCCUAUCACGGGUCUUUCGUAAAACAAAAAUAUUAAUGUGUUUGAGACAAAUGCAAAUGUAAAGGUAUAUAUUGGAAAUAUAUUUUGUCCCAGUUAAAGAUUAGUACUUAUUUGAGUGUGAUUUUUAUAUGCUAGGCACAUUUGUUUGAAGAAAAUGGCUUUGUGCUUGUGGCAAGAUAAAAUUUGGCACAUGCCAUUAUUUACAGCCUCCUACAUAGGACCAAUAUGUAAUAUCAGUCACAUGUUUGUUUAUUGUGAAUUUAUUAUGGAUGUGAUUGUUGAGUAUGACUGGGUUUUAAGGCUGACUUCCAUUUUAAUGCUUUCCUUUGGCCAGAUCUAUAUAUGCGACAUCUCUCUCUUGAAUUGAGAGCUUGGAGGAGCAAUACAUACUGGCAAACCUGUUUCGUUUUUUGGCUCCUUCAUUUCUGUGUUAACAGAUCUAGGAGCAUAUGUACUGCAGUAUAUGUUUGAGAAGAAUUAAUUCAUGUUGUAUAUUUUAGCUGGGUACUUGAACUGCUGUCUGUGAGCAUUGCAUUCCUUUGUUAACUAACUGAGCAGCAAUUGCUAAUUACAAUUUUUUUAAAUAUUAUAUGCAUAAUACCUUUUUUUAUAUAUUUCAGUUAGUGUUUUAUUUAGCUGCCUGUAAUGCUGUUAGCAGGGGUAGUUGUUGACCUAUCUUUUCCCCAGAAAUUGAAGCUUGCAAAGCUGAUCCGAUGCCCAUGUGCUGUAUAUAACUCAUAAUAACUUUGCCUGCCAUAUUGGAAGGGUGAAACCUCCACUCCAGAGGAAUGCUUGCCAAAAGGUAAAAAAAAAAAAAA